UCCAAUCAAUGUAGAACUAUUGUCCAUAUUACUCAUACUUGAUACAUUCUCAACACCGAUCAGCGUCCAUCUAACUCUUCUUGUCCUUCUCUCUCCAUUGACCGUAUGUAAAUUCUAACACAUCACAACCCAGAACCACGAUUUCACCUGCUUUAGCGUUUUCAAUGGAAUCAUUGAUUUCUCUCAAGGGACACUUUUAUGCAUUUCCUUCCUUCUCAUCCAAAACCAGAACCACCAUUCCUCCUACUCAACUGAAUACUUAUAGAAAAAACUUCCUUUUUACUGUUCGAGCACAGAUGGACCCUAAUGAAGAUUCAGCUACAAUAUCCACAUCUGGUGAACCUGUGGUUGAAGCUCUUAAAGUUAAGGAAUGGGAAGUAGGAAUGUUUCAUAAUGAGGUUGCUGCUACCCAAGGUAUAAAAAUAAGGAGAAGUCCACCAACUGGACCCCCUGUUCAUUAUGUAGGACCUUUUGAAUUCCGAUUGCAGAACGAGGGAAAUACACCUCGUAACAUCUUGGAAGAGAUUGUAUGGAACAAGGACAGAGAAGUCUCACAACUAAAAGGAAGAAAACCCCUUGGUCUGGUUAACAAGUCCCUUAAAAAUGCACCUCCUGUUAGAGAUUUUAUUGGAGCUCUAAGGGCGGCUAAUGAACGAACUGGGUUGCCUGGAUUGAUUGCUGAAGUGAAAAAGGCUUCACCAAGUAGAGGCAUUUUGAGAGAAAACUUUGAUCCAGUUGAAAUUGCUCAAUCUUAUGAGAAGGGUGGAGCAGCAUGCCUAAGUGUUUUGACAGAUGAAAAAUACUUCAAGGGAAGCUUUGAAAAUCUUGAGUUAAUAAGAAAUGCUGGAGUAAAGUGCCCUUUGUUGUGCAAAGAAUUCAUCAUAGAUGCUUGGCAACUCUACUAUGCUCGAUCUAAAGGUGCAGAUGCAGUCCUUCUAAUUGCCGCUGUUUUACCUGAUCUUGACAUCAAGUACAUGGUUAAAAUAUGCAAAUUACUUGGAUUGGCCGCCCUUGUUGAGGUGCACGACGAGAGGGAAUUUGACCGUGUUCUUGGAAUAGAAAGUGUUGAGCUUAUUGGCAUCAACAACCGCAAUCUUGAAACAUUUGAGUUAGAUAUCAGCACCACGAAGAAGCUUCUUGAAGGAGAGCGAGGCAAAAUAGUUCGUGAGAGAAACAUAAUGAUGGUAGGAGAAUCUGGUUUGUUCACUCCUGAAGAUAUUGCCUAUGUACAAGAAGCAGGAGUUAGAGCUGUUUUGGUGGGAGAGUCUCUUGUGAAACAGAAUGAUCCUGGAAAGGGAAUUAGCAAUCUGUUUGGCAAAGAUAUAUCUGUCUGAAUUGAGAAAUAUACAUAGCCAGAUUAAGUUAUCAUCAAAAUUUUGUUAGCUGCAAACAUAUACCAACAUACAUUUUUAUGUUGACAGUUUUUCAGUACAGAUUAUAAUAAGAUUCUUCUUUUGAUGCCUUUUACAA